AUGGAGAGAGAGUGGAGAGAGAGCGUCCGGGGUGCCAUAGACACGCAGAGGCUCCCGCUCCUCCAACAGCCAGCAGUGGCAUCCGAGUUGGAGGAGAGCAAGGAGAAGGCUCAUACACGUGGAAGGUGCGGAGAGCGGCCUUCAGUGAAUAACUACAGUCUUCUCUCAAGAAUUGUCGGUGGGACAACAGCAAAGGAACAUGAUUACCCCUGGAUAGUAUCUAUAACAAGAAAAUCGAAACAUGUUUGUGGAGGAGCCCUUGUUAGCGAGAGGCAUGUUAUAACAGCUGCUCACUGCGUUACUGACAAGAACAUUACAGGUCUCUUUAAGGUAUGCAUUGGAGACCAUGAUUUCAAUGUCAAAGAAGAUUCUGAGAUGGUUUUCUCCAUACUUGAAGUGAUUAUACACCCCAACUUUCUCCAAAGCCAGCCAAUCAACUAUGACAUCGCCAUUUUAGUGCUGAAUGAGAACAUAAAAUUUGAUGGUAAAAUCCAACCAGCUUGCUUGCCAAGCCCAGAUGAAAUUUUUCCACCAGGUUAUCUGUGUGUUGCACUUGGAUGGGGACGCACGUUGGAACAUGGUCCAGUAGCUAAGAUUUUACAACAGGUGACACUGCCCAUUGUAGAACAAGAGGCAUGUAUGCGUACGAUGCAAACUUUGGGUCCACGUGCAACAUUUCAAACUGCAGUAUGUGCCGGAUUUCCAGAGGGAGGAAAAGAUGCAUGCCAGGGUGACUCUGGGGGUCCGUUCCUCUGCCCCCGAAUUCACGGGAGGUGGGUUCUGGUUGGUGUCACUUCGUGGGGCAUGGGAUGUGCACGCAGUUGGUCCAACAAUUUGUUGCAGCUCCCAGAGAAGAGAGGGUCACCAGGGAUCUUCACAGAUGUUAAAAAAAUGCUUGAAUGGCUAAAUCUAAACCUCAGCCAAGCACGCUGCAGUGGGAAAAAUCAGCUCCUGAGGGGAACUUCAGGAACUUUAAAAUUACCCCAGCCGCCCAGUAACUAUUAUUUAAAUAAUGAGAAGUGUAAAUGGACGAUAUCCGUUCCUGAAGGAAAGCACAUUUUGCUCACAUUCGAUCACUUUGACCUGGAAUUUGAUUACUCUUGUGACAUGGAUUAUCUAGCUGUGUAUUUGGAAAAUGGAUCUGUCAUUGGGAAAUUCUGUGGAAGUGAUCGUCCUUGGCCUUUGCUUAUCACAAAAAAUGAAGUCAGCCUGAAAUUCAUCUCUGAUUUCCAAGUAUUCAGAAGCGGAUUUGCACUCUCCUAUGAGGCGGUAGAGCCAGAAGACUAUUCAGAUUCUCAGUGUGGAUCUGUGGCUGUUAUUACUGGAGAAGGAGAGAUACAGACAAUUAAUCACCCGGGGAAAUAUAGCAGCAAUGCAGACUGCAAAUGGAUUAUUACUUGUCCAGUAUCUUUCAGGAUAAAGGUCACUUUUACCGUCUUUGAAGUUGAACCAAGCAACGGCUGUCUUUUUGAUUAUGUGCUCAUUUAUCAUGACCUGGAGGGAAUUGUUGCGGCAGGGAAGUUUUGUGGCUUUUCCAUUCCCAAACCAGUCGAGAGCACCUCAAACAUCAUGCAGAUCAUAUUUUCCUCUGACUCUCGUGUUAAUCAUAUAGGGUUUCGAGCAACUAUUUCUUUCCACACUGAUCAAUCCAUCGAGAGAAACCCAGCAGAUUUUGAAGGAUCCAAUCUGACACAAAGCCUUGGCAAUCGAGUUGCAGAUGUUGAAACGGGUUGUGUAGCUGCUCCGAUCCUACCUAUGUUCAUUAACCAGAGCAUAACUGUGGCAGAGGAAGCCAUUCCAAACUCUUGGCCCUGGCAUGUCAGCUUAAGCAUUGGCGGAAAGCACUUCUGCAGCGCGGUAAUUGUAACAAACAAGUUUGUCCUAACAGCGGCCAGUUGCAUUGAACGGAGAAGACAGUUCCUUCUGUUUCUGGUGGUCGCUGGACUACAUGAUCUGGACAGGGCCGAAGAUGCUCAGAAAUCUUCAGUAAAAAUAAUCCACAUGCCCCCUGGAUUUGUUUCAUCGACCUCGGAAAACGACAUUGCUCUGAUACAGCUGAAUAAACCGUUGCAGUUUAAUGACAACGUACAGCCAGUGUGUUUCCCUCGUUCAUACAGAAAGGUGAAGUCUUCCAGCAUCUGCAUUGUGUCUGGCUGGGAUGUCAAUGGGGAAGGGGAAAGGUCUACAAAGCUCCAGCAGCUGGAAGUCCCAUUGGAGACGGAUGGUGUUUGUGAAAGUUACUACGGCAAAAUUACAGGAAGCAUGUUAUGUGCUGGGACUGCAAAAGGCCGUGCUAAGUAUACCUGCCGUGGUCAGCCUGGCAGCCCAUUGGUUUGCCCUUCCAGUGAUCCCACAGCCUUCUUUAUUUACGGCAUUGCCAGCAAGGGAGUUGGCUGCCAAGAAAAUGCCAAACCCGGAGUGUACACCAGAAUUUCCGUAUUCACUGAAUGGAUACAGAGCGUCAUACAGGCAGAGUCAGCAGAAGUGGACCAUCAUCGGGUUGCUGCUGCUCAAGACAAUCCUCAAAACAGUACAGAAGAUCAGCCUGACCAAAUUCCUGACCCCCAAGAGCAGCCAGGUGCUCUUUCCAAUGGUAGCUCUUCACAGUUCAGCUAUACAGACUGCAAGGGUGUGAUGUCAAUGGAGUCACCAGGGGAGGUUAAGCUGGUCGCUGACAGUCAGGAUCAUCCCGAUGGGUUCAGUUGCCAGGUUGAAGUCCAAGCACCAGCCGACCACUUCAUAAUGCUGAUUAUUAAAGAGCUGACCCCAUCUCAGGGGCACAACUUACAGGUUUUGAUCUACGAGGGAACUCCGAGCAAUAAAACUCUUAUAGCCAAGCUGACAGCAGACACCAUUCCGGGGAAGAUAAACUCAACAGGUCCAGCACUUACCGUAGAAGCCAAGACCAGUGUCAUCAAUGCCCGGCUACAGUUAUGGCUGUCUUACACUCUACAUAGCCAAACUUAG